UGCGCCUCCCCUCAACGGCACCACUCUGCCCCUGACCUUAACAUAGAGACAGAGCUGUUUUCUCCUCACAGUCGCGAAGCCAACAUGGACGUCCAUAGAGUGUCUAACCACAACCAAAUGGAUUAUAACUUAGACAACAUGGAGCCCAAACAUGGGAAAAUGCUGCCUUGCCCCGAAGACCGUUUUGACAGCGGCCUGGAUUCCCUGAAAGAGGACGAGCUGGUGACCGAGUUUGAGGACAUGACUGUGGACGCACACGAUCACACACAGGAAUACGAGCCUUGGAGAAAUGCAGUGACUGAGGACGGUGACACGCCUCUCCACUUGGCCAUCAUUCAUGAAGCCACUGAACAUGCCCUCCAUAUGAUCAAACUGUCUCACAAUCACCCCUUCCUCAACCUCCAGAACCACCAGAGACAGACUGCCCUGCACCUAGCAGUGAUCACAGAGCAGCCCCUGUUGGUGGAGAAGCUCCUGAAGGCUGGCUGUGACCCGCGGUUGACAGACGACAGCGGGAACACGGCUCUCCACAUCGCCUGCAAAAGGGGCUCCCUCGCCUGCUUCGGUGUCAUCACCCAGAACUGCCAGCGCCACCUUACCUCCAUCGUGUCCUUCCCCAAUUACAAUGGACACAACUGUCUCCACUUGGCAUCCAUCAAUGGCUACAUUUCACUAGUGGAAAACCUUGUUCAGCUGGGUGCAGACAUCAAUGCACAGGAACAGUGCAGUGGACGGACGGCCCUCCACCUGGCCGUAGAUCUCCAGAACCCCACACUGGUGCGUUGCCUCCUCGACCUCGGUGCCAACGUUAACUGCUUGAACUACGGCGGCUUCACGGCGUACCACCUCACCUACGGGCGCCAGAAUGAAGAGAUCAGGUGCCAGCUGUUCGAGAGGACGGCGCAGGAGCUGAGGGAGCUGCCCGACAGCGAAUCAGACGAGAGUGACAUGGAGGAUCUGGACCUGUCGGAAGACGAGCUGUACGACGACAUAAAGUUCGGAAAGUAAACUGAAUCAUCACUCCACUGGUGGUAUGAAUGACAAUGAAGCUGCUACUGGGUUGCCGAACCAGGCCCCCCCACCCCGAACGAGGGACAAAUCAGUACCUGUCCCCUCCCUGUCUAGGUCCAAGUCCACAGGUGCUGGCCCUGGGAUCGCAAACAUGAAUGAAGAUGGCGUCCGGUCCAGGUCAUUGCUGGUUCAGGUCACAGAGCUCUGUGCUAAGAACCACGAAACAGCAAGACCAUGACCUCCAUGUAGUCCUUCUGUAUACUGUAUAAAUAUAUAUUGAAGUGUAUAUACCAGACAUGUAAUAUAUUGUAAAUAUAGAGAUAUUAUUUUUGUAUUUGUACAUGGUGUGUGAAUUUAAACACUAUUAACAAAAAAAUGUUCAGAAUAAAAAGAAGUCUAUGAAUAUAAA